AUGAGUGAAGAUGACUUAUUCAUCAAUGAUGAUGAUUCACCUGUUUUGGGAGAUUCAACAAACAGACCACAACCAUCAGUUGUAGAGAAUACACAUUUUAUUUUAUUGCCAGGUGAGAUACUAUUACUAUCUUCACCAAAUGUAGUUUUAUUAUGUGUUGGUAGUAAUGAAGAUCAUCGUAUUGGUACAUUGUACCAAACAAACUUUCAAUUAUUCUUUGUUGAAGAUUCUAAAAAGGAAAUAUCAAUGUCAUUACCAAAUGGAUUAGUAAUGGAGAUUAAGAAAUUAAAAGGUCAAGUUACUGUAAAGUAUAAAGAUCCAAAUGCUGCUGCUUCUGCAGCUGAUAAACUUCAAUCAAAUGAUGGUGCUACUACUAGUACUAGUAAUACUAUUCUUUCUUCUUCUACUUCUACUUCUACUUCUACCUCUACUACAACAACAAAUAAUCAAAUUGAAACAAUACCAAAAUCAACAUCAAAUUCAAUAUCAUUAUCAGAUGUAAAUGGAAUAUCUGAAAAGGCAUUGAUUUUGGAGAUUAGAUCAAAAGAUUUUAAUAUCAUUCGAAUUUGUUUACCAACCAAUGAAAAGGGUCUGGAAGCAUACAAUAUCCUUUGUAGAAUGUCAUUUAUUGAUAAUCCUUGUUCCUUUUUUGCUCAAAGUUUUUCACCAUUUAAACCAACUUUACCAAUUAAUGGUUGGACUAUAUAUGAUCCAAUUGAAGAAUAUAUAAGACAAGGAUUAUUAAAUUCAGAUGGACAACCAGGAGAAUGGAGAUUAACAAAGAUUAAUAGUAAAUAUGAAUUAUGUUCAACCUAUCCUCAACAUGUGGUGAUUCCAUUUUCCAUUUCAGAUUAUAUCAUUCAAAAAUCUGCAGAAUUUAGAGGUAAAUCUAGAUUCCCAGUUUGUACUUGGAGACACAAGUAUACUCGUGCAUCACUUUCAAGAUCAAGUCAACCUAUUAGUUUGUCUGGAAAGAAUACAAGAUGUGAAGAAGAUGAAUUAUUAAUUCAAGGUAUUAGAAAAUCUACACCUCUUUCUAAUGUUUCAACCAAUCCAGUACAAACAACACCUACUACUCCAACUUCUACAUCUACAACACAACCAAUUUCAGGAUCAACAUCUACAUCUUCUUCAUCAUUGAAUCCAAAUUCCUCCUCUCAAGGAGUACCACUUGUUAUUUUUGAUGUAAGACCAAAAUCUACAGUUGCAUCAACAUUUAAAAAUAGUGCAGUUGAAGAUAUGAACAACUAUUCAAAUUGUAUUUUGGAUUAUGGUGGAUUACCAAAUAUCCAUGAAUUACGAGAAUCUUCAAACAAACUAUUCAAAACUAUUCGUAAUUGGGAUGAUAAAAAGAGUUGGCACGAUGUAAAUACUAGUUCAUGGUUGAAUCAAGUUGGAAAAUUAUUAUCUGCCUCUAAAAAAAUAUUGACCUAUCUUCAUAAUGAUGGUAGUUCAGUUUUAAUUCAUUGUACUGAUGGUUGGGAUAGAACUUGUCAAUUAAUGAGUCUUGUACAAUUAUUGGCAGAUCCAUAUUAUAGAACAAUAAAAGGAUUUAUAGUAUUAAUUUGUAAAGAAUGGUUAUCAUUUGGUCAUAAAUUUAUGACACGUACAGGAUCACUGUCAUCAUUGUCUGCCAAACAAACAUCACCAGUAUUUUUACAAUUUAUAGAUUGUGUUUGGCAAUUACUUAGACAAUUCCCUACUAGUUUUGAAUUUACUGAUCAAUUUUUACAUUUAUUACUUCAUCAUGUAAAUUCAAAUUUAUUUGGUACUUUUUUAUAUGAUUCAGAUAGAGAUCGAACAAUUCAAAAGAUUCAACAAGAAACUAUAUCAUUAUGGUCAUUUUUAUUAAAUUGUGUAAAGGAAGGAAAUAUGUUUUUAAAUAAUCUUUAUGUUUCAACAACUGAAGAGAUUGUUCAACAAAAUACUAGUUUAUUAAUGAAUGAAGAAACAAAUUUGGAAAUGGAUGGUGAAGUCAAUACUACUACUACAACAACAACAACUCCAACAACCAUACCAUUUAUUGUUAGAAAAGGAUAUGAUAGUGCAAAUGUAUUAUUUCCAAAUAUUCUUGGUGUUCAAUUGUGGACCGAUUAUUAUCUAAAAUGGAGAAUCCCACAAAAACUAACAAGAAAACCAUAUGCUCUUAUCGAUAGAGCUCUAGGUAUCCAUGGAUUCAAUGGUGACUUGUUACACAUUUCCAAAAAGAAAAAACAAUCUCGUCGUCUAUCAAAAUAUCAUUCAUCAUCGGUCUCUGCUGCUACUUCAUCCGCCUCUGCAGCCAAAAGUCUCUCUUCUGAUAAUUUAUUACGUUCUCAAUCAACACUAUCUGAAAAGAGAAAAAAGAAAAAGAAAAGAGAAAAUCAAACCGAUGGUGGUUCAAAUAUUGAUAUUAAUCAUUCAACUCCAAGAUUAACUAUUAUUCAACCUAUAGUUGAAACAAAUCCAACUAUUACAACAACAGAUGUAAAUGAAGAAUUAACAAUUGUUGAUCUUGAUAAUAAUAAUAAUAACGUUAAUAACGGUAAUAUUGAAAUAUUAGAAGAAUCAACAUUAUUAUCAUCAAUGAUUAAACCAAUAGUAUUGGAAGAACAAAGAGUUGGUCAAUUAAGAAGACAUAGUACAUCCAAUUCUUCUCCUAUAUUUGCGGCUGUUGUAUUCAAGGAAAGUGAUUCUCCAAAUCUAAAAGCUAUUGAACAACAAAAAAAUGUUCAGGUACCUCCACCAGAACAAUUGGAACCAUCAAUUGAACAAGUUCAAGAUCCAUUAUUAGUACAACAAGAAAGUAAUAAUACUUCUACUACUACAACUACUACAACUACAACAGUUUCAAAUGAAAAACAAAGAAGAAAAGAAAAAAAAGCACGCAAGGAAAGAGAAAGACAAGAAAGAAGAGAGAGAAAGGAAAGAAAGAGAUUGGAAAAGAAAGAAAAGGAAGUGGAAAAGGAGAAAAAGGCACCUAUUAUUACUGUGGUAUUGUCAAACAAUAAGAAAUCAAAACCAAUCAAUGGAGCAUCGACCAUGCCAAUCAGAGGUAGCAAGAGUAGAAUUUCAAUCUUUUCCAUUUCCUCAUCUCCUCCUCCUCCACUCCAACAAGGAGCUCAACCACUCUCACCAACCAUGCUUUCUCCCAUCCAAUCCCCUUCUACAGAUGCAAUGGCAAACAAUGACUCGGCUGCUGCUCCAGCAGUUCAACACCAACCCAUUUCAGAACCACCUCCUAAAAAUUCAUUCUCUAGAAUGUUUAAAACUUUGGCUAUUAGAGGUCAAAAAUCUUCUUCUUAA